AUGUCCACACCAUUUCUUCAAAUUCUCAACGUCACAACUGCUACACUCCAAGUACUCCGUCGUCCUACCCUGCCCUACUCGAACCAUCAGACCGCCAGAUCGUGA